UCAGUACUCGCAAUCACCUACUAAUAGAUUGACUACUUCUUCUGUCUUUUUUACUAUUGCUUUGACUUUCCACUUUCCAAUUCAAUAGGUUACAAUAAUAACUAGGCUACGCAUUGAAGGCAGCCGAAUGAUCCUGCACUAGCGAUACGUUGAAGUUUGUAUCUCAUUGCUUAUGACGCAAAGCUAUUAGAAUGUCUAGUUCACUUAGUAAGACCGAGGGUGAUAACACCGAGCCCAAUGCUGACCCCGGCAUGAAGGAAGAACAAGUGGAAGCUGCAACUCCACCGCCAAGAGCAAGUGAAUCAAACAGAAAUGGCAAGGAGAAGCCAGAGGACAUCGUUAUCUAUUAUUUUCCUACGUCAUAUUCAUCACAGAAGGUGCUUAUAAGUUUAUUUGAGAAAAAGCUCAAGUUCAAGCCCAGCAUUGUAAGUCUCUUCCACGGGCAGCACAUGGAGCCAUGGUACGUCCGUCUGAAUCCUAAUGGCGCUCACGUUCCUGUCUUGGUCCACGGAGAGAUGAUCAUCAAUGAUCCUGACCGAAUUAUUGACUAUGUCGACAAGUUACAAGGCACUAGUGGACCUCAGCUGGUCCCUAGCAGAUCUUCUGAUGUUGGUCAGAAAGUGUCACGCUUCAGAAGUAUGUUGAGCAAGAUUCCUGUGGAUGUCAUUUCCUACGGCAUCAUUUUCCACCCACAGUUGUCAGGGGGAAGGUGUCAGCUGCCUUUGGCCAUCCAGAGAAGUAUGAGAGAGAACUUUGCCAACCGUUUACGGUACUUGAUUACACUGUCCACUGUUUACCCCGACCUAAGAGAUUGCUACCUGGCCAAGAGUCAGACUGCUGCUGAAAAAUAUGACCUCAUCACCGACGAAGACCGUGUCAGAGGUCAAAUAGAUCAGCUGGAUGGCUUCUUGAAUUCAGUGGAGGAGGAACUCAGAGAGAAGUACGGUCUUGAGGAGGGUUCAAAGCAGAACCAGAUGUUCCUGUACGGGGAAUCUCUCACAGUGGCAGACAUUGGCCUCUACGUUCUCAUCACUCGCCUGCAGAUCCUGGGACUGCUCCCUCAGAGCGUUCCUUCGUCACGCUACCCGUUGAUCCAUCGGCACUUUACGCUACUCUCCGCCCGCCCUUCCAUCGGUAAAUUGCUGGACGAAAUGUCGAAAUUGCGAUAUACGCUGCUGCUGGAAGACAUCAAAGCUUCUGGUUCCUAUGUUGCCAUAGCCCUGGGGGCAGGUCUCGUUGUUUUAGCUGCUUAUUAUUUGGUUAAGAAACUGAAAAGGUAGAUUUAUUUUUUUCCAGGAGUCGGAACUAUUUUGGAGGUUGUGAAUGUAGACCCAUAACUUCGAGGAUUAGUAAAUAUCCAAGUCCAUCUGUUAAAUCAGUCUGUCUUUCUAUCAUAGUUACUUCAAGGAGUCGCUUUUUUUACAUCUUUUGGAGCAUGCUGCAUUAUGUUUAGAAAUACAUGCAAAAGUUGGAAUCAAAUGUACGAGAAAGAAAAAUGUAAAUAUAAGUUAAAAGCUUGAAAACUUGCUGCCUAAUAAAAAGCUCUUUUUCAUUCGUUAAAAAAAAUUCCUGAAAAAAGUGUUCAUCAACAAUGGUUUUAUGGUGUAGAAUUAGCUUCACAGAAAGCUGCAAGUCUAUCCAUACACCUGCGUCUCAGACUUUCAUGUUGUGACCAAAGUCGAUAUUAUGUGGUAUGAAUUGCAGUGAAGAAAAUAUUGGAUAUCCCAAACAGUUCACUGUAUGGCAGAGUGACUCACAGUGUUGUAGCAGUCUCAGGUUCAAACUCUAAAAUGAUUAAAGUUUUAAGGUGCCUAUAGAGCGACUUUAUUAUUUCUCUUUGCAUAUGUGUCAUUUUCAUCAUUUUUAAAGCUGUAAUAUUCUUCACAAGGAGCUUUGUUGAUGAGGAAUGUGGAGUUCUUGAUUAUACUGUUUUGUAUGGCAAACCUUGCUCUAAAUACCCCAAUUUUGAUGAUAUAGAAGCAACAUAUUAUGUUAGAAAACAAGACUUAUUUUAAUGUGUCAAAACAGUAAACAUUUACAAAUGCAAAGUGGGAAAUCACAUUAAAUGAAACAUAGUGCAGGAAUGAUCUGCUUUUUGCUUCUCUUGAAAAGUUGUGCUUUUGAGAUAUGAUUAUUUUUCUCCUCUCCCCUAGAUUUAGCCAUCAGAAGCAAGGAAGUUUGCUUAAGAGAAGACUCGAAUCUCUUAUACAUGAUGUAUACUUUUUUAUACUUUACAUGUAUUUUUAGUCUCUUGUUCAUCUCUUUUUUCUUGCUUUAUAAAUAUUUUACCUCUCAAGCUUCAUGUGAGAUUAUGCAUUGAAGCAUCUUCGCAUAAUACAUGCAAUCUGUUUUAAAAAAACCAGUUUCGUGUUAUCAUUGGGUAUUGUUGUGUUUGGAUGAUUUUUGCAUUACUCUUACUCUAGUUAUCUAAGCCAUUUUAACGAAAACUCCUUUACAGUUUUGAUUCUGUGAAAGACAACUUUAAGUUGUUUAUAUUCCUUUGUCUGUGCAAAUAAAAGCGAAGAAAUACAAUAGACUUUAUUUAAUACAAUGCAGUUUAAUGCAAAAUUUAUGUUAUCGCAAAAGGAUUUUGAAUCCCCUUUUUGUUCCACCUCUUUAUUUGAAGCAUUGCAACUUAAAAAUCUGCUUAACACAAAGAAAUCCUUUGGUCCCGUGAAGUUGAUGUUAUCAACGUUUUACGGUACCUUUUUCUGCUAGUCUGUUUCAAUUGUCAUAACAGUUUCUGAUGUAGUGGACUGUUAUUUGUCUUGAGUCUUAAAGAAAUGAUUGGUCCAAAAACUUUUGGAGGCAGCUUUUUUUACUUAAUUAUUCUUGCCAAAUAAAAACACCUCAAAGACUUUGAUUAUUUUUUUAAUUAGCAGAAAUAGCUUAGUCAAUAGUUAAAUAGAAAGUCAAAUGUACUGUCUUUGAUAUGUAAUAUAUACAGUUUUUACCAGUGAGAUUGGCAUGUACCAGCACUUGUAAUGUUACCUCCAGUUCUGGGGGGGGUUUUCAGUGUUUUUGGAGUUUUGGGUUAUUUCCUGAAAAUUGUCCUGUUACAUUUGAAAAGAUGCUGCAGAUUCUUGCAUGUGCAAUUCACUGAUCUUACAUUUGGUGACAUAUAUUUGUUAUUUAUUGUUAUUAUUGAGUAUGAAACGAUGAAAAGGCGUACACUGUAGAAAUAUGUGGAUGUAUCUGAUAGACCUAAGAAAAUGGCCCAAAAUGACCAGGUUUGUUUGAACUGCAGUAUGUUUGUAUAAGGUUUGAACUGAUAUAUCUAGUAUUAAGUUCUUUAGUUCAACUCUCGUUUUUUAAGGUAGUUUCAAUCCUUUAGCCAACCAAGGGAAAGGUUUGCCCAGUGAUGCCAUCGAUGGGCAAUGCAGGGAAAGGAGCACUUUGUCCCUUUUACAUCUUACUGGUACUUUUUCAGUGAUGCUUUUGUAUUGCAUGUGUCCUGAAGAAAAAACGAUUUUUGUCAUUCUAUACUUCUUGAGAAUGAAAACAAUCAUGAAACUUGCAAGUAUUUGUCGUAGAGGUGACAGAAAGGUUCUAUUGACUCUGUUGAUUGUUGAGAGCAGGUGGAAGGAGAGGGGGAGGGGGAUGUCUGAUCUAUGGAUCCAGAAUUAGCUCACUGGUAAUUGCUCACCCAUUUGUGUUUACCUCUGGUGUCAGUUGGCUUUGUUGACGAGCAAGACCUGCUCUGUCCAUUCAAUGUACAGUGAAGUCUGCUUGUAAUAAACUGGGAUGUUGUGAUAUUUCUCCUUUAUGAACUACGUACGGUACCUAGUUCUUUGUUCAAUGUUUUGCAUUUCCGUAUAUAUAGAAGUGUUCAAGUAAAUCUUGCAAUUAAUAUGAAAGCCUGUUUCAGUUAAUUAAGUCUACAACAAGUUGAUGCGUCUGCAGAUUUAUAUAUUAUUUUUUCUUUGUUGACAUUUAACGGGUGCUAUUAAUUGGUAAUUAUUGUUUUAACAUUCUUAUGUUGUAUUAAAACUUACAUUGCUUGUGUUCAAUUUUCCACAGUUGUCUUCAAAUUAGUUGUUUAACCCUCCAAGGUAGCUGGAGCUUUUGUUCACUAGCUGCUUUUGAAGUAAGAGCAGGUUUCAAGUGAUUCAAAGAAAUAAAUACAGAACAUAACUUUGAAAGGUACGCAGUGGAAAAUGGGAUGGAUUUGAUUUUAUGAACAGACUUGAGAUGGGUAUGAAGAAACUGAAUCAUUGUGAACAUCUUUUGACUUUUUUCAUAAGUUUUCAAACCAUUAAGAUUUACUUUUGAUACGAUUUUCUUUUCCAUAUACCAAUCUUUCAAUUAUCUGUUGAGAAAGGAAAAUGCAAUAAAAUUCACAGUUUUCCUUAUAAAAGCAUUAGAUGAAAGCCUUGUUUUUGCUGCGCGUGGCUUCAGUAAUUGUUUAUUUUUAUUACUAGCUUAGCAGUGAAGGCUCUGCCUUGUUUACACGUUGGUAACUUGUGAGAUACCGAAAACAAAACUUGUAUCUUUUCUGCUGCAUAAUAUAGCCUCUCAAAACCUCUUCUUAAAACUGAAAUGUUCAUGGGGUUUUUUUGGUCUUGUUCAGACCUGGUGUCUCCAUACAUGAAAACAGAAAUGAUAGCUUUGGACGAAGCUAAUUUUUAUUAUGUUAAUGCAGCGUCCUUAAUUUCAAAAGAAUGAUUUGAGCAUCAGAAGGGUUGCUGUUCUGUGGGCUGUCUCAAGGAGUGAUCUUCUAUGGGGUACGACCUUUUUGCCAACUUUUAUAUCUUUUGACCUUUGUUCCAUAGGUGUUCUGGAAAAAUGCAUGCACGACUGAGCAUAUGAAUGUAUAAAAUGUUUGCUUGGGAUUUUGUACUGCCACCACAUGGGCGGCAUACUUUUGCCUGAGACAUUCCUCACUAACUCAGAUACUCAAUUAGAGCUGGCUUUUAACAGACACAAUACAAGCUGAUAUGGUUGCUUUUGUUUAGAAUUAGAAUAGAUGUUGAAAGGAUAUAAUUAGGCUUUUUUGUUGUUGAUUUUUAGGAUGCGAAUAUGUUGUUUCUCAAUGCUUGUAACUCUGAACGAGUCUUUGUUGCCUCUUUGAUAUGUCUGUGUUGUUGAAUUGAAUUGACAUUUUGAAAAAAGUGGGCUUGACAAUGGCUACUAAUAGCCUAUCAAAAUGGUGUGUGAGAUGUGAGAGAAUGUGGUCGAUAUAAUUGUAAUGUACUCUAACUUCCAAGGGUUCCUUUUGCAGAUAGUGGUUUUCAACCUGAAAGUAAAAGGUGGUGUAUGUUCACAUGCUGACCAUUCAGUUUUCAGCAAAAGUUUUCAGUCUGGUGAAGAGCUGGGUUCCAAUCUAAUUUAUGACGAGUCAGCCUGAUAAUGGCUGCAUUACAUCAGGAACUGAUUAUUUUGACUUUAGUAAUACUGAAAGGAAGUAGAACGUGCAGAUGUUCCGGAUCCUUCACUAUUGUGAUCACUAGUAAAGUAGACGUGAAAUUAUAUUGUUAUCUCCUACUGGCUAAAUUUUUGGUCGUGUGUCGAAUGGUUUCCCUGAUCUUCUCACGUAAUGCCUGCUCUUUGUAGAAGCAACUCAACAUGUGCACUAAAGACUACAUGGUCUUAUUGUCAGUUUAUCAGUUCGUGACCUCCGUGCUUUCUUGUCCUAUCUCCAUUUUUAAAAUUUAAAAUGUGACUUCUUAAGCUCACUCUUUGUUAUGAUGAACUGUUUUCACUGUUAUUAAAAAUGGAGAUAGGACAAAAAGAAAGCACUUACGUCGAGAGUUGCUGGGCUUGUGCCCUUUGACCCACUGCCACGUUUAGGUGGAUCGAGUUCUCUGUCAGGUAAAUUACACCACGUAGGAUAUUGAAAUUAAAAGCCAAAGGAGGCCAUCUCACAGACAGGGGUUUGGACUAGGCAGGGAUCCAACACACAGUGAAGUCCGCUUUAAAAAGUUAAUCCAAGAUCUGCUGGACCAGCAGAAUUUCUUGUUUAGCUGGCCAGGUUUUCGAUUUAGAGAGGUUGCUCAAAUAGGAGAAAAAAAUCUGGGACUUAUUUUCUUUUGGUUCACCACUAUUUUGGGAUAAACUAUUUUUGGUUCAACUUCAAGUGGACUCUUCUGUAAUGUGGAUUUGCAGUAUAACACAGAGAGCUCGAAUUCAUUGAGACCAGCCUCGGUUGUUCGAGGGAUCCGUAGUUCUAGGUAUAUCUACAAAGAUAAAGAAGAAAAAAACCCAAGACCACAAGCACAGUACUGUUCGAAGGAUGCAUGAUUUCCAUGUCUUCUGUGUUCGAUCUAUCUGUGUUAUACUGUAUUUAAAUAAUAAUAGGAGGAUUUUGUUUGUUCACAUCAAGGAGAAUGUAGGAGACUACUGCUAAGGGAUGCCCCCUGGCUACAUCCGCUCUAAGCACAGGUGUGAAAAGUUCUAGUCAUUAUCACUCUUAAGUUUCUUGUUCAGUCUCCACAGUAAAAUUAGGUACCUCUUGUUGAAGCUUUACUGCCCCUACUGUACUUUUUCUAGAAUGUCCCAAUCGUUUUUAUUUGCGAUAUUCCAUUUUUUAUUUUUAUUGAUGGUCGAUGUUUCUACACACCAGUUUACUCACACUUUGCAUGUUGCUUACUGAUACUACGUAAAUGUGCUACAUACUUGGAAUGUUUUUUUUCUUUAGCUCAACAAAAUAAAGUUAUUAGUUGAAUUCAACUAG